AUGGCACAAAAUGGAUCAAUAGUAGAAUCUUUUGAACAUAUGUCUGAUGAAACUAAAAUGUUGACCCAAAGAAUCAUUGCUCUGCAAACUUUUUCUCGGGUAGUUGUCCCAAGUGACCCUAGUUGUCCUAGUAAAACCUCGAGGACACUAGGGACACUAAGGUCGAGAAUAGAAAAAAGAAAUCAAACAGGUUUAGAAAGCCAAAAAGCCGACCCUAGUAGUGUCCCCAAUUAA